CCUCGCCACCGUCUCUCCCCUGGCGGCCCCGCCCGCCAUAUUGUCCCCGCCGCAGGCCGAACUACUGCAGCCGGAGCGGCGAUGGUUUUAAGGAUUGAAGAAAUAGUCAAACAGUGAGCAGCAGCCAACCUCUCAGGGCAGUCUCCAUACCCUUUGUUGUUAUGGCAGGGGGAAGGCGGGGCCCUAACCGGACAUCCUACUGCCGAAAUCCUCUUUGUGAAACUGGGGCUACUGGGGGUUCUGGACAUUCCACGAGUUCAUCGGUCACUGGUGUGCGCUCACGUACCAGGAGCGGUUCAGGUACAGGCCUCUCCAGCCCUCCUCUGGCAACCCAGACAGUGGUUCCCCUCCGGCACUGUAAGAUCCCAGAGCUGCCUGUGGAGAGGAGUGUCUUGUUUGAACUUCAGCUCUUCUUCUGUCAUCUCAUUGCUCUAUUUGUCCACUACAUCAAUAUCUACAAAACUGUGUGGUGGUACCCACCCUCCCACCCUCCAUCGCACACAUCACUGAACUUUCAUCUCAUUGACUUCAACGUGCUGACGGUGACGACAAUCGUCUUAGCGCGCAGGCUGAUCGGUGCCAUUGUGAAGGAGGCUUCACAAAGCGGCAAAGUCUCCCUGCCACGCUCCAUUUUCCUUGUGAUUACUCGGUUUGCGGUCCUCACUGGGACAGGCUGGAGCCUGUGCCGGUCAAUAAUUCACCUCUUCAGAACCUACUCGUUCCUCAAUCUCUUGUUCCUGUGUUACCCGUUCGGCAUGUACAUUCCUUUUCUCCAGCUGAACUGUGACUUUCGGAAGACAGCCCUCUUCUCCCAAGUGGCUAACAUUGGCCCCCGAGAGACGGGGGAAGUGAACUCCAGGGGUAAAGACUAUCUAACAGUUUUAAAGGAGACCUGGAAGCAGCAUACCAGGCAAAUGUAUGGCAUGGAGGCCAUGCCCACCCAUGCGUGCUGCCUCUCUCCAGACCUGAUCCGCAAUGAGGUGGAGUAUUUGAAGAUGGACUUUAACUGGAGGAUGAAAGAGGUGCUGGUGAGCUCCAUGCUCAGUGCCUAUUAUGUGGCCUUUGUGCCUGUCUGGUUUGUGAAGAACACUCAGUACUACGACAAACGGUGGUCAUGUGAGCUGUUCCUGCUGGUGUCCAUCAGUACGUCUGUGAUUCUGAUGCAGCAUCUCUUGCCUGCCCGCUACUGCGACCUCCUCCACAAAGCUGCGGCACACCUGGGCUGCUGGCAGAAGGUCGAUCCUGCCCUAUGCUCCAAUGUGCUACAGCAUCAGUGGACAGAAGAAUGCAUGUGGCCCCAGGGGGUGCUGGUGAAACACAGCAAGAACGUGUACAAAGCCGUGGGCCAUUACAAUGUGGCUGUGCCAUCUGAUGUCUCACACUUCCGCUUUCAUUUCUUUUUCAGCAAACCGCUGAGGAUCUUGAACAUUUUAAUUCUGCUGGAAGGAGCUGUCAUCUUCUACCAGCUCUACUCACUGAUCUCGUCAGAGAAGUGGCACCAGACCAUCUCGCUGGCUCUCAUCCUCUUCAGCAAUUAUUACGCCUUCUUCAAGCUGCUGCGUGACCGGCUGGUACUGGGAAAAGCUUACGCAUACUCUGCCAGCAGAGACUCAGAGCAGAAGUUCAAUUAAAUCGCACUGCUGCUCAGCUUGUAUUACGGAAAAAAACCUUAAAAAAAAACCAACAAAAAAACACAAACAACCUCAGAGCUUUGUAUUUUUGUUACCACUGCUUUUUUCUUUGAUAACUGAUGUAAUUAAAAGGAAAAAACAUAUUUUUGU